AUGGGUUCAGAGCCAGAGCUCCCCGCGUAUCAAGCAUUGCUUGCGCUGGAAAAAGGGACCUCAGGGUCUUCAAUUGAGCAGCUAGAAGAGGCAGCUAGGAUUGCUGGAGUUGACCUAGAAAGUUGCGGGUUGAGUUUCUAUGCCGACGAUAGCGAACCGCCCUUAAUUACACCCGCGCUCUCAGCACCUAAGGAAGAAUGGGUUUUGCGAUGGCUGUUGAAAAAGCUGAAAGGCCCGGCAGAUGAACCGAAUGAAUACCGGAAUAAUGCCCGAUCUUGGAUACUGUUACGUCUUCUCUUUGGGCGCAUACCUAUCAGGAGCCUAGCGUUUACACUGAACGAGAGCGAUUUUCUAGGCCUGUUGCGAGAUUCAUUGGUAACAUUGGAUGUCUCGGACGGUCCAGCAACCCAACCUGCGGAAGUGGAAUACGACUCCAAGAUUGGGUCACAGCUGAAACGGAAGCCAGAAUUUGACUCUUCUACGCAGAAUCGGAAACGUAAGCGGACAGAUGGCCCUGCUACGGAAACAAGCCGGAAGGAAGAGAGCUCGCUUUGCGAUACGUUCCUUGCAAUCAUCGAAUCAGUUAACGCUUUAAUAGCGCUUGCGGACCAACUUCCUCAAUCUAAAGACCUACUAAAAGCUCAGGUCAAGCUCGUCUUGCGUGGGAAUGCUGAGACAAGUUCUAUUAUCGUUGGGAGGGCAUGCAGCCAAGCACAAACCGUUGUUAACUGUGCGAAUACUACUGCUGCUGCAGCACCUUUCCCACAACGACUUCACAAAUCCCUCAUAUCGAUACUAGAAAUAUGGGCUCUUAGAUCAGAUCAUGAGAAUAGUUCGACCGCCUCCAGUAAUGAAAUGUUUGUUUUCCAUGCUUUAGUUGGCGUUCUAGGAUUGAUUAGAAAAGCACGCCAAUACCCUGAUGACCUAGAACUUGUCAAUGGUCUCGAACGGCUGGUAGCCCUUCACGUUGUUCUCAAUCUCCGCGAAUCUUUCUUCUCUUCAGCUGCAACUGCUACCAACAAUGAAAGCAACUCAAAGAAUGCUCAAUCCCUUAGCCAUGAGUUCAAAACCAAGAUAGGCCCUGUUCUGUCUGGUACUGAAGCGACCAUUCUCCCGACACUUUUUGACAUUUCUAUCCGCUCUAUGCCAAGAAAUAACUUUCGACGGCAGCUGCAUGAGACACCAUGGUUAGAGUCGUUUCUUAUUUGCCUGAUGUCGCAGGCUGGUUAUCCAUUGGAGGAAGAGCGGACGUUAGUGGAUGUGAAUCUGCUACAAGAGUUCCUGGAUGUAGCUAUCCAUAGAAAGCUGAAGCUCUCUUUGGGUACUCUCGUUCAUAUUACCAGCCAAUUUUCUGGUCUCUCAGGCACCCAUGGUGGAAUUGAAUGGGAAUUAAUAGCCCGAAUACUACAGCUCGAUGUGGACGUGUUCCUAUUGAAUUCUGGCGUUGCACAAUCUGCCACCUUACUAAACUUACUACUUGUUGGAAUAACAGCUUUACCUCUACAAAAACAUGUUGCUUCAGGUGAUCUAUUCGAUUUAAUAAAGUGCGAGAUUAUUAUUCCAAUUGUUCGAGGAUUUUUCAAUGCGCGAGACGGAUCUGCUUUCAUCAAGCUAUGGGCUGACCAGAUCUUCAACUCAGAGUCAGUGCGGUGGUCUAAGCACAAUCAAGUCCUCUUUUCAAUCUGGGAGAACGACGAUGUGGUUAGAACUUGCGGGCAGUGUUUGGCAGCUUCAGACACUCAACUUGAUGCACACGUGGAGGAUCUUUUGGAAAAGAUUCAGCUGAUGAAGGCAUCAGCUGAGAAUGUACCUGGCGCAUAUUCUUCGCUUGUCAUCCUUGACUCCAUCUUGAUGUCCCCCAUACAAAGUGGGCUCGAUAAGAUCUCACUUGGCCAUUACGAGCAAAUACUGGAAAAGCUAUCAGAUCUUUCCUCCACUGGGCCUCCAGGGGUUUGCUGGAAAUGGAGAAUAUGGCGAUGCUUGCAAAAUUCUGUUUCUCGAUACCCAUCUUGCUCAGAAUCGAUCAAUUUUGAUGUGAAGGGCUCUUUGGUUCCUACGGCUUUACACAAUAUAGAACUCUUUGCCCGAAAUUCUAAAGCUGUUUCGGCCCAGGAUUGUUUAGAGACAUUUUGGUGUUUCAAUUUUAUUCUUAGCCUUGGGGGUAAGGCAACGGGGAACGAUUUCAACGACUACAUUAACAAAAUAGCCAACAAUACACUGUCGAGUUUCGAGCCUUCCUUAAGGAGUGACUUGGCCACUUGGGAUGGCCGAAUGGAAACCCUCUCAACCGCGGCGACUUUUGCUACUGCCUGCAUUGCCGCUUUGCUUGGUAACAGCCAAAUCAUGGAUAGCCUGACUUCCAACACUCGUCGACUCCUAUUUACCAACAUACUCUUAUCACUCGAGAAUCAUUCCACUUCUACCGCAAAUAUUCAACUCUCCCAGAUUUGGAAAGAUUUUCUCUCGUCCCAACCCGUUAUGGAAUCGGCUGCCAUUGUAGAUGACCUGGUUAAGGUGAUUUGUGAUGGACUUGCGAAUGAAAGGAGCCCAUCUAAGGUACUGGUGAGCAGUCUUCUGUAUACCUCUACCCGUCUAGUAUCCCGGUCGCAACGCACCUUAAUCGUUGAUACUUUGCAAUCCUUCUUUCUGAAUGGAGGAGUUAAGUCAGGGAUGAAGCUGGAUGUUCUAUUGCUUAUGACCAGGCUAGUCGAAGUAACAAAGUCGUCAGGCCAAAUAUCUGACGAUCUGGAUAAACUUUGGGACAUUUCACGAUCAAUUAACGUGGACAACGGCUGUGAUACCGACUUACUUUUUGACACAUUCAGAAAAUUCUAUGAGGCUGUCACCGCACGGUUCGAAGCGGCACCUCAAGAUUCAGUCACAAAGUUUUUGAAUAUUGUUUAUUCGAGGAUAACACAAUGCCCACCAACCCGGAGUUAUCAAACCAUGGAGUACCCUCUCUUUAUACUUUCCCUUUCUCAUUUACACAAACGUGAACAUAGGCUCGGCGAGGAAAAGUUUCAGACCAUCUGUACUCUGAGGCAGAAAGUUUUCGAUGGUCUUAUUUCGGACCUGCAUUCCUUGACAAAGUCUAUGAAGAAGUCGUCCGAGAGUACUAACACUGCCAGUUUAACUGGAACUUUGUGCAUGCUGGGCAGCUUCCAAGAUCUCCAACGUGAGAACAAAGAUUCACGGAAGAAAAUACGCAAACUGGAGGAAUAUAUGUCUAAAUAUGACUCACCAAUGUCUCUGAGGAAGCAAGCUAAAUUAUUGAGUGUGGCGUCUAAGGGACCGAGUUCCGAUAUUGAAUCACGGUUACAAGAUUGCAUGACUCUAUUCCCACUCAAACAGUUACAUGGAAGAGAUCAAAGAUCCCUCGUCCACAAGAUAAAAGCCCAAAUAUCAGAGAUGGGGGAAGAUACUGUGGUGAGAAUGAUUCAAAAUAUAUGCGAAACAGGUCUCUCUGGGGGGCAAAGUGUCUAUCAACUUUUAUUACUAGGCAUGGCCGUUCUUAGCUUGAGCCCUGUCCAAGAUAGGGACUCUGCUGCUUCGAACGGGCUUUCAACAAUUUUCACACAGAUUUCGGUAGCAUUUGCUCAUUAUGAUUCUAUCGAGUCUUUCUGCUUAGCAGCGGAAACCCUCGACAUCAUUUUACGAACGCAGUCAAGGUCCGUCAGUCAAUGGAACAUAGACAACCUGUUGGCGAAUAUCACCCUCAUUGUCUCCCCUUCCGGCCCGCUAAUUAAUUCAAAAUUUGCGGGUACCAUCCAUGCCAGGCUCUGCAAACUACUUGGCACCUUAUUUACCUUAUAUCGGCAGAAACUUAGUGGCAGAUUCCAUCUAGUUCUUCCGAUCAUGCAGACCCUUUUAAGAUGCUUAUUCACGCGUGGCCAAAAGACGUCGAACUCAUCCGUCGCAGGAUUGGCCCUUCCGGCCUGGGUCGGAGAAAGCUUCAUCAUGGAACCUGAUCAUGGGAUACAGUUUUCCCGCCUUCUAAGCGCCCUUUGUGACCCAACCGUUUCUUCAGUUCAACGAACUGGAGGUGUGGCCUAUUCGAAGCAGGGGCUGAAUGAUAAUACAAAGAAAGUGAAAAGUCUGGCAGGUCAGUAUCUACAGUAUCUCAUCAUGGAGUAUACAUCCUGCCAGCUGAAGGGGCAUGUUUCGCCCGAAAUGAAAGCAGCAUUGAUGCCGGGGAUGUAUGUGAUUCUUGACGUCAUGUCGCAAAGCACGAUGCGGGCGAUGAACGCAGGGAUGGAUUCUUCCAACCGUGCCGUGUUUAAAACCCUCUACGACGAUUAUAUUCAAUUCGGAAGGUGGGAUCAUAACUAA